GCGAUGGCGGCGCCGGGGCCGCAGCCGGGGCGGUGCGGGCACUUCGUGCAGAGGAAGGGGCGCUACUGCAGGAUGGUCCCCGCGCCGGGGAAGCGCUUCUGCGGAGAGCACGGGCAGGAGGAGGAACAAAAUGACAGAAAAAGAAUUCCCUGCCCUCUUGAUCCAAAACACACUGUAUAUGAAGACCAACUACAAAAGCAUUUAAAAAAAUGUAAUUCAAGAGAGAAGCCAAAGCCCGUCUACUUUGUUCAAGAUAUUAAUGCAGGUUUAAAAGAUGUGGCGGAAAUACCAGAAAAGCAAGUCGCUUUAUCUUCUCUAUCCAGUGAAGAGCUGCAGAACUUAAUUGUCAAGUUGAAAAAAGCAAGUAAUGGCUUGGAACUUCAUCUUAAGGAAGAAAUACUGUCCCACCAGGCUUUACAAGAAGCCUUAAAUGACCCAAAGAAUGGGGAAUCUGCUUUCAAACACUUGAAGCAACAGGCUUCUAUUUUAGGUAACAUGGAAAAACUACAUUUACUUGGUCCAGGAAGAUGUUUUGUUGAGUUUGGAGCUGGGCGAGGAAAGCUGUCUCAUUGGGUUGAUGUUGCCUUACAGAAUGUUGAAAAUGUGCAGUUUUUGCUUGUGGAAAGAGCAACCACAAGAUUCAAGGUGGAUGGAAAACAUCAAAGAAGAGAUUCUAUAUUUGAGAGGCUUCAAGUUGAUAUUCAGCACUUAUGUUUAAGUAAGGUACCUAUUUUGGAGAAGAAAAAACUACCAGUGGUAGGAAUUGGGAAGCAUUUGUGUGGUGCUGCAACAGAUCUUGCUCUGAGAUGCUUGGUUGAAAGUUACUCAGCUUGCUGUGGUGGAGAAAAUGAAGAGCCUGCAGCAAAACGCUGUAGGACUGCUAUGACAGAGGUGGCUCCUGACACUGCUGCUGAGAGUGACAGCAACACACAAGACCAUAAGCCUGUAGCUGGAAUUGUCAUUGCUCUGUGUUGCCACCACAAGUGUGACUGGACACAUUAUGUAGGCAGACAGUUCUUUAAAUCAGUAGGACUGGGACCAGUAGAAUUCCAUUAUUUCCAGAGAAUGAGUAGUUGGGCCACUUGUGGCAUGCGAGAAACCACAAGCAAAGCCUCUACAAGUGAAGAAAGUGAAGACCAAACUAAUGACACAGAAGAACAUGAGCAAACAUUCAGCACAGCAGAGAGUGGCUCUGAUACAUGGCAAGGGAUACUUACUGUUGAAGAGCGGAAGGAGAUAGGGUGCCUCUGUAAACGGCUGAUUGAUCACGGACGGAUUGAAUAUUUACAACAACAAGGAUACAAGGCUGCACUACAGUAUUAUACAGAGUCUGCUGUGUCCCUGGAGAAUGUCCUGUUGACAGCUGUCCCAAGUCCAUCUUUGAUAACAGAGCCAACUACACGACAGGAGAUAGAUUUGGACUGGUUAGGUGAAAAAAAACCCUAAAAAACUUAUCUGGAAUUUUUUAAAAAGCUAAUUCAGUCUUUACAAAAAAACCUGUUUAGUCUUUCCUGUACCCAGGAAAAGGUCUUGUAUUUCCCAGUUUCACUGGGAAUUACACAUAUGCAAACCAGUUCCCAUCAGUGGAAAAAUAAAAUCUCUAAGAAUA